AUAUAGUUCAUUUGUUAAGAGAACUAUAUUCACAAACAAUUACCACUUGAAAGUUUGAUCUAAGUAGUAAUGGGUAGCUUAUUCCUAGGACAAAUAAAAAAGCAGACAUCAACUUUCCUACAAGAAAAGUUCAAAUCUGCUAGGAUGACGUUUACUGAUGUUACUGAAGCAGAAAUGCUGGCUGAGGAAGCAACAAAUAAGGAUGAUUGCAGCCCUGAUGCCAAAACUAUGACUAGAAUUGCCGAGGCAUCAUUUGACAUAGAUGAAUAUUGGAGGAUUGUUGAUGUUCUUCACAGAAGGUUGUAUAACAUUGAUUGGGAUCAAUGGAGGCAAUCUUACAAAGCACUAGUUCUUCUGGAAUUCUUGUUGACCCAUGGUCCUCGAGAGUUUGCUCCAGAAUUUCAAUGUGAUGCAGAAGUUAUUGAAGAACUAGGAAUUUUUACUCAUAUUGAUGAAAAAGGGUUUAACUGGGGGUCAAGAAUGCUAAAACUGUCAGAGCAAAUACUCAAGCUUUUACAGGAUGAAGAAGCUCUCAUAGAAGCACGUUUGAAGGCUCUCAAAAUAACAAAUGAAAUACAAGGCUUUGGAAGUUCAUUCAACUCUCCAACUUCAUCAUCAUCAUCAUCAUCAUCACCUUGGUCUUUAUCAUCUGAAGCGUCACAAGGAUCUUCAUCUUUCUAUUCAUUUUCCACCACAAGUACCCCUGCUUACACAUUUGAUUCCAAUGAUCAGCUAAACAAACACCACUCACCAACCUCCAUAGCAAAUGAUGGUAAUAUUAAUAUAGUCCUCCCACCAAAGAAUAUUAAUGUGACCAAAAACCAUGUUUGGAAGCGUUUUGCAGGUGAAGAGAAUAACAUUUUGAUUGAUUCUGAUGAGGAUGAAGACAUGGAAAAACCAAAAGGGCUUCUAAGUGAAAUUUGCUCAAAGAUUAUUGGUGGUAGUCCCAUAAAAGGAGAUAAUCGUGAAAAUAUUGAAUUUAGAUGCCUAUCUGAUGUUGGGAGCAAGGUGACCCAAAAGAAAUUAGAUCGCCGAUAUUCAAUUUGGUUUUAAAGGGAGAGAAUGUAAUGGCAGGAGGGAAAAGCUAGGCCAUAUGCAUGAGUAACAUGUUAAGGGAAGCAUUAAUAAUGACUCCAGAAAUUUUCAUAUUAAUUUGUAAGAUGUUUUGUCUAUUGAAUGAGAAGUACAAAAUGUGAUACUUUUCUCUUCUUCUUGAUGCUAAGUAUCUACC